UCCCGCGGUUACUGGCGGCCAUGGCGGGAUACGAACCCUGUCGCGGCAAGAUUUACGAGGGACGUGCUCACCAGCCAACCACAGAGUCUGCCAGCAGCCCACGGGGGUCUCUAGGGGCGCGAACCGUCGAGCAUAACCGAAUCACAGGGCCUCAUGGCGCCGUCCUGGUGGGGGUUAGGUUACCUCCCUCCCUCCCCUCCUUUUCUUCCUCCCACACUGCUGGAGGAGGCUGGCGCGGCGGAGGGAGGGAGGGAGGGUAUGGUCGUGUUUUAAGAUAUAUACAUGUCGGCCUCCAGGUCUGGUGUGAUUUAUAAAGGACUUUUUUUUCUUCACAAGUUGAAGACAGCUCGCCCCGCCCCCACCAGAAGUGUGCUCAUGUCACUGGCCUUCGCGUCCCGGCGCCGCCCUCGCCCAUUGGCUUGUGGGUGCGCGGCACGGGCACCUCCUCCUCCCAUUGGCCUGGCACUGCGGGUGCCAACUGUUACAACAGUCAAAUCUUUGCCUCGUCACCACUGUGCUGGAUCAUCUGCAUUUCUGAGCACAAAUCCUGGAAUGAUCGAGACUCGUGUUCCCCGCCGCGGGUGCCGAGGCACUCUGCCUGCAGGCAAACACUAAGUGCCGGGCGAUGGCACUCUAAUGGGGCGGGGCGAGGCGGGCUGGGCAGGGCGGGACGAGGGCGACAGUGUCAGGUGACCUCAGUGUUGGUCCUGACGCAGGUGAGGCCAGCGGUGCCAGCUCGCUGCUUGGGUCGCCCCCGCCAUGUGACGCCAGUGACAGCCACGCCUUCCUGCGGGGCACAUACAGCGCCGCCAAGCACGCCGCCACGCACCCACCGCCAGUGACGCGCGAGUGACUGUGACCUCAGCCCCGCUAUGGUGACACUGCGCCGCCAGACCCCGCGCCCCGCGCCAGCCCCGCGACGGUGACGCCCCAGAGCCAGGGCCGCCUGGCGCCACGGAGUGACAGUGCUGCGCCGCGAUGGUGUAGCGGGCGCCGCGAGUGACAACGUGUAGAGCAGCACAGGCAGCAGCAGCAGGCAGGGAGGCAGGGCGCCGCGCAGCAGGUGGCGGGGCGGCAGGGCGCGGCACUAUGAUGCCGGAGCUCCGAUCGUGCCGCUACGACACGCGUUACUCAGACAGCCUCUCGCCCGACGCCAGGCCGUACUCCGUGUCCCCGAGCUUCCCCGGGCACGCCCACCGCCACGCCCGCCGCAACUGCUCGCCCCAGCACGAGCCGCGCCCGUCCUCAGCCGAGCUCGCAGAGCCCUUCGCCAGCAGCCCGCAGCGCAGAGGCGGCGCCCUCUUCAAGUCCGAGGAUGAGUACAUGGACGAGGACGACGCCCACGUGCCGCACGUGCUGGCGCCCUCCACGCACGUCGCGGGCCACGCCCAUGCCCGCACAUGUCUGCUGUGGGCGUGCAAGGCGUGCAAGAGGAAGAGCGUGACAGUGGACAGGCGCAAGGCGGCCACCAUGCGGGAGCGGCGCCGGCUGCGAAAGGUGAACGAAGCUUUUGAGAUGCUGAAGCGAAGGACAUGCAGUAACCCUAACCAAAGGAUGCCCAAGGUGGAAAUCCUACGCAACGCCAUUGAAUAUAUAGAAUCUUUAGAGGACCUUCUACACGGCACUCCUUCCCCAGAGGCACCGAACACUGACGCCACUCCAGAUGGCACUUGCACCUCCUCCCACUACCUGAGUUCCGGGGGUCAGGUUUCUUUCCGGAGAGGUCAGGUCAUUACGGGGACACUGCCAAUGCCUACUCUACAUUAUCUGGACACGACCAGGGCAGCAGCGGCGGCGUGGCAGGCGGCGGCGGAGGAGGCGCGACUUCCACAUCAAGCUUGGACUGCCUCUCUCUCAUCGUGGAGUCCAUCAGUCCCUCCAACACGGGGAUCAUGAACAGUGUGGCUGACAAGGGGACGUAACACUCUAGACCAGGGACGCUUAACCUCUCAAAAAUGUAGAGUCGUAUAGGAAAUAGAAGAAAACAUUAUUGGGCCGUACCUGUUUGAAAAUUUGAGGAAACAAGAAGUGCAGUGACUGACAGAGGGACGUAACGCUAGACCAGGGGCGCUUAACCUCUUAGAUAAGCGUAUUACAACAGCUGUAUAGAAAAGAACAUUACUGGGCCAUACCUGUCUGAAAAUACGAGGAAACAGGUAACAGUGGCUGACAAGGGACAACACUGCAACCAGCACAGGAAAACACGUCACUGCACUUAACACGCCAGCAGUGAAGCAGUGAAGCAGUGAAUUCCCACACAAACACUGCAAGACGGAGCUGCAGUCGCCCAUUCCUGUAGCCUGGGAGGAAAGGAAAUGAAGCUCCGAGUCGAGGCAGGGAGUGAGGAGCAAGUGUGAUUAUAGUGAGAUGAUAGACACUUCGGUAUGUGCCUUGAAGUGAGCCCUAAAGUGAGUCUCCUGGUGUGUGAGGCCAAAAGACUGAUGUUAUUUAGUACUUAAGAGAUACAAUUCUUAGUUCAUUCUUCACAUCGUACUUUUUACGGCAAAGGAGCAAAGGUAUAUCAGAUUUUUUUUUUCCGUACUUAUUCCCGUCACAGAAUGAAGUGAUAUACGUUUCUGUCUUUCCUUUUUUUCCUUUCUUUCUCUGUCUCUCUUUUCGUUGUACUUAUUACCGUCACGAAAUGAAGUUAUACGCUUUUUUUUCCUUUUUCCUUUUUUUUGUUACUUAUUACCGUCACAGAAUGAAGUGAUACACGUUUCUCGCUGUUAAUUUUGUAAGCAGUUCGUGAUGUACAGGAAGGGAGAGUGAAAAUGUUAUUGGGAGCAACGCAAUGGAAAGACUUCAAACUGCCACUUUUUUUUUUUAUUUUCGUUCUAAGAAGCAUGUUUUUAUUUCUUCUUGAAGCGUGUGGCGCGGUGAGACAAGACACUGAUGGAAACACACCGAGCCUCACAGUCUACAGCGAAAGAACGAGGGGAAGGAAACAUCCCUCUAUUCUCUAAGUUUUCCGCCAAGUUUAUCAUUAUUAGGCAAUCAUAAAGCCUUAUACAUAUACUAUUAUUUUUUCCAGUGGUGCUUACUGAUAUUAUAAAGGAGACAAUACUCAGAAAUAAAAGUAUUACCACAAAUAAUAUUCAAUACAGAUACGAGUUUUAUUCUCCAUACCAAAAGUUACAAUCCAACAAAGGAAUCAGUGUCUGGAAAUUUGUCGGUUCAUUUUCAUAAUAAGAAUACCAGAAAACAUGAACAGUGGGGAAUGAAAAUUGUGUGGAAUGUAUCAAUAUUAAUUUUGGAGAAGUGUACCACAAUAAUUCUCUUUUAAGACCGGCAUCUUCACUACUUCUCUCUGUCUUUAGCCAUAACUUCUCGAACAUAAGGAAAAAAAAAUAAGAAA